UCACUUCCGCUCCCUUUUCCCGUGGUAACGGCGGCUUUUCUUGCGUCACAUCCGCUGAUGCGUCCCGGCUGGCAGCACAGUUAUUGCCAUGGAUCAUCAUCAUUGAGUGGAAACAAAUCUAUGCACGAGCUGAACAGAUAAAUAAUCUGGUGAAAACCAUACUUGGAAAAUGAAAGUCCAGGAGGGAGACAUGGUUGGCUGUGAAAGAACAUUUUCCAAUACCCCCGAAAGUGACAAUAAAGUGGCGAUGAGUCCCACCCCUUUUAUCCAUUCCUGGGAAUCAGAAAGAAAACUCAUAGAUGUUCUUAUCAGAGUCAGUGAGGAAAUCUAUGAGGACGACCAAAAGCAAAUGGAUCAGUUCAUCCUCUGUAAUGGAUGGGAUGACGCAGUGCAUGGCUGGAGAAAGGACAACUCCUACUCCUCCCUCUAUACUCUGAAGAAGUCAAAGAAAUCAAGAAAAGAGGAGAAGAAUGGGAGCCACUGUGUGUUCUGUGCAGAAAUGGUGCCCGUGUCAGAAAGGAAAACUGUCCAAGAUGUUGACCAAUCUGGCCCUUUGUCCAAAUCAUCCAACAGUACAACGAUGCCUAAUUUCACAGGGAAGAAUACUAACCCCUCUGCAGAGAGAACAACUCCUACUGUUCCACAAACUAAGUUGCAGCCAUACAAUUCCACAGCUUCACAGAGGCAAACAAGCAAAGUGACUCAAGAAAUCCACGUCCAAGACAACAAGACAGAGACUGAAAUCAACCCAUCUCAGGGAACAGAGUGCAAGAUUAUCAUUGGCCCCGAUCAACAGACCCCAGUAAAAAAACACUUCUCGGUGCUACCGCCUGUAAAAAUGGCCAAUUGCGAUGAAAUGUUUGUCUCAGGUUUCAAAACAAGGAGAACGUUUUGUUUGGGUAUACAAAGUGGCAACCGAGAUCUGCAAACUGUGAGUGUAGUGUCGAAGCACAAUAACAACAAAGACAAUAUGUGCAUUAGAGCCCGUGCUUGUAACAUGGCCAUAUUACAGGUCAGCAAGAUCCAAAAGGUUGGAACUUCUGCUCCUGUUAGAUUGACAAGGAUUCCCCUCCUGAACACCAUGAAUCAUUGGUGCUGGCAAUAUUCUUUGCUGGAAGGCCACGAGAACCUGGUCAUCAAUGGUGCCCCAGCCUCCAAAGUAGUGGAGUGCCACAGCGUAAGGGUGCAGCCCUCGAAAAUAACAAAACAGCACACAAAGAACUUUAAGCAAGACGACUUCAGUAAAUCUACUUUCAGUCACAGUGCCCCAAGCAAUAAACAUUCAAGCAGAAUAAGACAAAGGAAUGUCGCAGGGAGAGAUAUUCUCCCUGUGAUCCCACAGCCAGGGCCACCACUGUUAUCAGGAACCAGUAUACCAAUCUCUGUAUUGCCACAUAAAUUUCUAUAGACUUAUCAAGUUUUCUCCUCUUUGCCCUCCCUGCUCCCAGAGUAUUGGCUGUCAAGACCGAUUAUUUUGCCCGUCCUGCCACCCUGGCUGAGAUCAGCUAGGUACAGACCACCGAUUGAACCCAUGGCCACAUGGAAGAUUUAUUGUGGUGUCACAGGGAAGGGGAAGUAGCAAUCUAGAAAUAAUGACACGCAUGAUUUAUUAGAUGAUGAUUAUUAGAGAACAGCAAAGGUGUAUUUGGAUAGCUAUAUUCAUACCUCAUACAGUGAUGAAUGAUUCUGUAAUGUAAAAAAUGAAUCUAAUAUCGCAGGAUCGUAAAUGUUGUUAAAGCUCAAUGCACCUACCAGGUCUUAAAAUUAUAAAAUCCAUAAUGCGUA